GCCGGUGUCCGGUGUCCGGUUACCGGCUGCCGCUGCCGGGGCCGCAGGAGCCGCCGUCCCCCGGAGCCGCCGCCCCCGCAGGUGCCACCAGCGUGUCCCCAGCAUGGCGGAGGCUCACCAGGCCGUGGCUUUCCAGUUCACCGUCACCCCCGAGGGCUUGGACUUCCAGCUGAGCCGCGAGGCCGUGCGCCAGCUCUACCUGGCCGCCGUCCACUCGUGGAAAAAGCGCUUGGUCCGCGCCAAGAACAGCUUUCUGAGCGGGGUGUACCCCGCGUCACCCUCCAGCUGGAUGGUGGUGGUGCUGGCCACCGCCGGCUCCUGCUACUGCCACGUGGAUCCGUCCCUGGGGCUCAUCGGGCGCAUCCAGAGCUGGCUGCCCCACGGCGAGGCGCUGAGCCCCGAGGCUCGCACGGCGGUCAGCACCGUGCUGUUCUCCACCGGGGCCUGGCUCGGGGCCGUGCUGCUGUUCCGGAGCCUGCUCCGCCUGCUGCUCUCCUACCACGGCUGGAUGUUCGAGCCGCACGGCCGCAUGAGCCGCCGCACCCGCCUCUGGAUCGGUGCCACCACGGUGCCAGCAGCAGCAGCCCGGCGGUCACCGCGUGUCCCCUCCCCGCAGUACCUGGAGUCGGUGCGGCCGCUCCUGGACGAGGAGCGCUACCAGGAGAUGGUGGCGCUGGCCAAGGAGUUCCAGGAGAAGACGGCGCCGCGGCUGCAGCGCUACCUGCGCCUCAAGUCCUGGUGGACAACCAACUACGUCAGUGACUGGUGGGAGGAGUACGUUUACCUGCGCGGCCGCAGCCCCCUCAUGGUCAACAGCAACUACUACGCCAUGGAUUUCCUGUACGUGACCCCCAGCCCCAUCCAGGCUGCGCGGGCGGCCAACGUGGUGCACUCCAUCCUGCUGUACCGGCGGCGGCUGGACCGGGGCGAGAUCCCCCCGAUGAUGGCCCUGGGGGUGGUGCCCAUGUGCUCGUACCAGUCGGAGCGGAUGUUCAACACCACCCGAAUCCCGGGCAAGGAGACGGACUCGCUGCUGCACCUGGCGGACAGCAAACACCUGGCCGUGUACCACAAGGGCCGCUACUACAAGGUGUGGCUUUACUACGGGGGGCAGCUGCUGGCCCCCGCCGAGCUGGAGAUGCAAUUCCAGAGGAUCCUGGAUGAUCCCUCGCCCCCGCAGCCCGGGGAGGAGCGGCUGGCGGCGCUGACGGCCGGGGAGAGGGCUCCGUGGGCCGAGGCGCGGGCGCGUUUCUUCAGCCGCGGCCCCAACAAGGCUGCCCUGGACGCCAUCGAGCGCGCGGCGUUCUUCCUCACGCUGGACGAGGAAGAGCACGGCCACGACCCCCGAAAGCCCGGCUGCAUGGACGCCUACGCCAAAUCCCUGCUGCACGGCCGCUGCUACGACCGGUGCUUCAUGCUGGCCACCGACACGUUCCAUCUGGGCUACACCGAGGGGGGGCACUGCAAGGGAGACCCCCGGAGGCAGCUGGGCCCCCCCCAGCGCCUGCAGUGGGACAUCCCGGCUGAGGCGGUGGCAGCCAUCGAGGCGUCGCUGGGCGUGGCUCAGGUUCAGGGGGUGGCGGCCAUCGACGCGUCGCUGGGCGUGGCUCAGGUUCAGGGGGUGGCGGCCAUCGACGCGUCGCUGGGCGUGGCUCAGGUUCAGUUCAUGCUGGCCACCGACACGUUCCAUCUGGGCUACACCGAGGGGGGGCACUGCAAGGGAGACCCCCGGAGGCAGCUGGGCCCCCCCCAGCGCCUGCAGUGGGACAUCCCGGCUGAGGCGGUGGCGGCCAUCGAGGCGUCGCUGGGCGUGGCGCGGGCUCUGGCCGAGGACGUGGAUUUCUGCUGCUUCCUCUUCACCACCUUCGGCAAAGGCCUCAUCAAACGGUGCCGCACCAGCCCCGACGCCUUCAUCCAGAUCGCGCUGCAGCUGGCUCACUUCCGAGACAAGGGCUCCUUCUGCCUGACGUACGAGGCCUCCAUGACGCGGCUGUUCCGCGAGGGCCGCACCGAGACCGUGCGCUCCUGCACCUGCGAGUCCACGGCCUUCGUGCGCAGCAUGGCCGACCCCCGGCGCAGC